ACAAUGAUUUCUGUAUUUUUAUUCAUAUUCAUCUCAAAACAAAAUUAUGACAGGAAGGGUGACACAAUGACGCACGUUCAUUUUUUUCUCAAGGUAGGAAAACAUACUUAAUAUGUGGUUAUCAUAUCCAUGGUGCACAGCGCAAGAGGAAGCCAUUCGAGGGUCGUGUCCCAACAGCUCCACCACUUUCGCUGGCCAGUAUCCGCACGGAACACGACCGGCGCACACGCACCCGUACGACAUGAUCACGCGGUAAACAAUAAUAUUAGUUAUGGUCCGUGAUAACAAAUAUUAUGUCUGUGUAAAAUUGUGAUGUCUAGUUAAAUUAUUUAUAUGAAAAAUGGUUGAAAUGAAGUGGUUGCUGGUUGCCGGAGUAGUCCUUUUGCAAUUUCCUGUAUCAGAGAGCCAACGACAACGCAACCCCAACAAGCUACGCGUCAACCCCGGACCUCAGCAGCUACAGGACAUUUUCAACACCACCUCAUGUAUCCCUCCGCCUUAUCGCUGUCCGCACGCUGGGAUGCAGUUCUUCCUAUACACCAGAACGACGCAAGCAAAGGGCGAACUCCUGGACACUCUGGACAACGAGUCCCUCUCGAACUCUCGCUUCAACCCCAGCCACCCCACCAAGGUGGUCGUCCACGGCUUCGGCGGUGGCAGGAACCUCUCACCCAGCACUGACAUGCGCAAGGCCUACUUCACUAAGGGAGACUACAACAUUAUUAUCGUGGAUUAUGGCAGUUUGGUCAAGGAGCCUUGUCUUGGACAGAUAGAAUGGGCUCCCCGCUUCGCCGGCAUGUGUAUAGCGCAGAUGCUGGAAUACUUACGGAAGCACCCUACGAAGAGUGUUCCGCCGGAACACGUGCACACCAUCGGGUACAGCGUGGGGGCGCACAUUCUGGGACUGGUCGCCAACUUCCUACCUAAAGGAAAACUUGGUCGCAUCACAGGUUUAGACCCUACGAUCCUAUUCUACAUGGGAAACAACCGUUCUCGAGACCUAGACCACACGGACGCCCUAUUUGUAGACAUCCUGCACACAGGUGCCGGUAUACUUGGCCAAUGGGGCCCCAAUGGCCACGCUGACUUUUACGUCAAUGGCGGCUCGAGCCAGCCUGGAUGCGCGCAUGACACCAUCUUCCAAACGCUCUCAUGCGACCACACAAAGGUGACGCCGUACUUCAUCGAGUCGAUCAACUCUCGAGCAGGCUUUUGGGCCGGACCGUGCCCUAGUUUACUCUCCUACCUCAUUGGCUGGUGUGAACCUAAGGACACCGAGUAUGUGCUCAUGGGAGAGCACCUCACGCACAAAGCACGUGGCGUGUACUACGUGACGACAAACGCGAAGCCGCCUUACGCACGCGGUUUCCCCGGCAAGUCGCGUCGACUGCGCUCGGCACCACCCUAUCCUUACAGCUCUAAUAGCUGAGGUUCUGCUAACUAGAAGUCCUUUGUUAUACCAACCUGACAAUUGUCUCGGGCCUAAGCUACAAAACAUGAAGAUAGUAACAAUGUUUAUUAGACAUUUUUUAUUCUCGUGGGAUGCGGAAUAAUUGUAAACAUCAUCCAAUAAUAUAUUACGCUGUUUAAGAGUCAAUUGGUACAUCUAAAGGCGGAACACCUUGUAUACCCGACUCAAGACACCGCUCUGAGCCUUAUAGGGAGCGUGCAUGAACUGUAGGAGGCAGCACAUGAGCCGUCAGAUUUUUGGCGCGAGGCGUAAAUGUGAUGUUUUUUGUUCCGAUGUAGCCCACAAGAUGGCAGAACCCACUAUGCACAAGAAAACACGUGACGUGUACAUGUGCAUGUUUAUGGUUCCGAUUCAGGCCACAAGAUGGCAGACCCUCCAACGCGCACGGUCCCAAUUGACCUUGUUGUCGUCGUCGGUCUUUCCCAACGAAGAUUCACCGUAUGUUUUCACUUAAGUACUAGAUAAUAAUUAUUGCUAGGCAUCAUUGUUACUUGUUAUCUCAAGAAUUUUCUCCUAAUUGAGUGUCAGGUGACAAUUGUCAAGUUCGUAUAAUAGGGGUAAGAACAACGACAGAGCAACUUCACAUUGAUCACGUUAUACGUCAAUUUAUUUAUACUAACAUUGAAAAAUAAAUUAGCAAAAAUUAUUUUUCUCCUGCCAUAAAAAAAUUAAGGAAAUUUAGGUAUUAACUGAUUAGGUGACCAAGCAUUAGUUAAAAUAAAUGACUGUAUUUAUAUUCUAUUAAAAGUUGCUAGAGCGUGUUUGUUCGUUCUGAUUACCAGAAUAAUAAUAGUUUUACUUCUUAGAUAGGCAAUGUGUUUUCUUGUCAAUUGAAUAGUUCACCAAUAUAAUUUAUUAAUAGGUCAUAGGUGUUUGUGAUAUUUGCCACUCUUGAUAGUUUUACGGACUUUUAUCGGUUUUCGGUAUGCUUAGUUGACUUAUGUUAAGUGUAAUACAAAAUGUUAAUUUUCUUCAAUUUUAGAAGUAAUCAGAGAAGACAUCGCGAUAGGUACGAGUAUGUUACAACAGUUACACUACAAACUUGCUUUAAGUUGAUCGCGAUUGAUUAUUUUAAACCCGCAACAGAGCUGGCAAUACCGUAGCAUAUGACAGUUUUAUGUCAGGGUCGGCGAUUACGAUGAACUUUGCUUAAAUUUUAUCGUCCCCUAAAAUUAAUAAAUUGAAUUUAAAUGAACAUGUCAAUGUUAAUAUCAAAAUGCAUUUCUAUGUGCCUGUUAUUUUGUUUGAAAUUGAAAUCACGUUUUUUCUUACGGGAAUAUUGCUGCUUGAAAAUAUUGGUGUGUUUAAAAAGAAAGAAUAAAAUAUUUUUUGUUCCUCAAUUUGUCCGUAGUAUAACGUUGACGUACACCUGCCACAGAGUUGCUGGCUCGGUUGCGGGGUUAUAAUAUAUGGGCAAAUGAUUAGUUUAUCUACACACAUGUCAUAAACCCUCUAUGAUGCCUUAAAAAUCCGCAAAUAAUGGCCAAUAUUACGAUAAACUGUAUUGUUACAACAAAUUUCUUAUCUGUGAUUAUGUUUUAAUUGCUUCAUAACUACAUCAAAAUCGAUUUGGUUAUACAUUCAAAUUUGGAACAACUCUGAAAAAAAAAACAAUUCGAUUUGCCCUCUUUUCUAAUAUCAAUCGAGAUGCCUAUUUGUUCGAAAUGAAAUGUCAAUUGCAUACAAUUUUGACAUAUCUCGCAUGUUAGUUUGUAUCGAAUGAUACGGAAAAGGCCCCCGACUCUAGUUUGUCUGUGAAUUAAAAAAAAACUACAAAUGCGUGACAUGUGUGAAAUAAGUUUUCAUUUACCGUACAGUUUAUCUUUUCAUUAGUUUUAAGUAUAAAAUGAAUAUAUUUUGUUGUUUUAAAGUAACUAUAUCAAAAAGUGCGUAUAAAAUGAGAGAUAAAAAUAUUUCGGUGACGCCACCACAUAUCCGCGAGUUCCGUCAAGAAAGCAACGAUGCAUCGUUGUCCCAACGUUGGCUGUAAUUUGGAUUAAUGAAUCUAUCAUAGAAAGUUUAUAAUAUGUGUGUAGAUAAAAUAGGGUAUGUAACUGUACAUAAUUAGGCAUUACUCACUUCGUUCGUUUCUUAAACACACACUCGUGUAUUUUAAUGCCUUUUAUUAUGUAGCAGGCACAUAAACUAUUAUUAUGGCCAUUGGAAUUUGUAGUUCUCGUGGUUAGAAUCAUUACAAUACGUAAAAAAAGUGGUUACUAGAGGCCAAAUUUACCGCCCAAUUCUUAAUCAACUCUGUUAAUUCCAAUUACACUACAUUUGUGUAUAUCUUUGUAAACAGUUAUAUUUAAGUGAUUAUAUUAAGAUUUUCGGGAAAGUAGAAACUCAAAUAACUUUAACCAUUCAUUUACCUUUCUUCUGAAUUAUCGAGUAGAAAACAUAAUAUUAUGAUGUCUUUAUGUGUUUUGCUUUUAUAUCCAUAUUAUGAAUGCCUUACCUAAGAAGACAAAUAUAUUUAAAAAAUAUGUUUUU